AUGGCCAACUUUGUCACCGUUCUGGGCAAGUUCUUCGAGGAGUACCGCAAGCAGACGAGCAAGCGGCUGAAGGCGAUCGACGCCUACCUGGUGUACAUCUUCUUCACCGGCGUCUUCCAAUUCGCCUACUGUCUUCUCGUGGGCACCUUCCCCUUCAACAGCUUCCUCUCUGGAUUCAUCUCCACGAUUGCGAGCUUCGUGCUGGCCGUCUGCCUUCGGGUGCAGGUUAACGAGCAGAACAAGAGCGAAUUCGCAGAGCUAAAGGACGAGCGCGCCUUUGCCGACUUUAUCUUUGCCCACAUCAUUCUCCACUUGGUGGUGGUCAACUUUCUCGGAUAA